UUUAGCUCCACCAAGCCGGCCAGAUAAAGGCCUUUUAAAAUGGCUGGUUGUCAUUACCGGAAGAAAUCGUGCUGAUUUGGGUCUUUUCUCCAUUUUCCCUUCUACGCUUAAUCCCUUAAAUGGAUUCGGAUCCUAAGGUUUUUGUCUUCGACGAAGUGGCUAAACACAAUCACCAGCGGGAUUGUUGGCUUAUAAUCUCUGGAAAGGUAUAUGAUGUGACCUCUUUUCUGGAAGAACAUCCUGGAGGCGAUGAAGUGUUAUUAUUAGCUGCUGAGAAAGAUGCAACAGAUGAUUUUGAAAAUGUGGGUCACAGUCUAUCUGCAAUAGAGCAAAUGGAAAAGUAUUACAUUGGCAAUGUUGACAUGUCUACGAUUCCAAAGCCGAUCGAUUAUCGACUAGCUGCAUCCCAAUCGGUAAAAGCAACGACGUCAUCGGCUGAAUCUUCAGGAUCCUUGCUAACACUACUGCAAAUUCUGGUUCCCCUGCUGAUUAUGGGCGUUGCAUUUUAUCUGCAAUUCUAUGGAAAAAAGCAGUAAUCAUUAGCUUCCUACCAAAGAUGCCACGAGAUUUUCAAUUACUCACUUUAUGUUGAAGACAUUGAUAUUACGUAGGUUUCUCUACCAUUGCCCUCUUGCUAAUUUCUGAGUAGAUAAUUUAAAAACAGUUCAUUUGUGUCUUGUUCAUUCAUUAUCCUGUUUUCCUUUGUCUUUUGUUCUACAAUAUUCAACUUUCUGUGCUUGAUUUAACACCCAUUGACUCACCAGAUAUAUGAACUUGAAUGAAGAUCAAUUAAUGGGUUGUGU